AUGAGCCCUGCUGCCCUGAGCCCUGCUGCCAUGAGCCCUGCUACCAUGAGCCCUGCUGCCCUGAGCCCUGCUGCCCUGAGCCCUGCUGCCCUGAGCCCUGCUGCCCUGCUACCCUGCUGCCCUGAGCCCUGCUGCCCUGAACCUAGCUCCCUGCUGCCUGAGCCCUGCUACCCUGAUCCCUGCUACCAUGAGCCCUGCUACCCUGAGCCCUGCUGCCCUGAGCCCUGCUGCCCUGAGCCUAGCUGUCCUGAGCCCUGCUACCCUGAGCCCUGCUACUCUGAGCACUGCUUCUCUGAGCCCUGCUACCCUGAGUCCUGCUUCUCUGAGCCCUGCUACCCUGCUACCCUGAGCCCUGCUACUCUGAGCCCUACUACCCUGAGCUCUGCUGCCCUGAGCCCUGCUACCCUGCUGCCCUGCUACCCUGAGCCCUGCUGCCCUGAGCCCUGCUACCCUACUACCCUGCUGCCCUACUACCCUGCUACCCUGAGCCCUGCUGCCAUGCUACCCUCAUACCUGUUACCCUGCUAUCCUGCUGCCCUGAGACCUGCUGCCCUGAGCCCUGCUACCCUGAGCCCUGCUACCCUGAGCCCUGCUGCCCUGAGCCCUGCUACCCUACUACCCUGCUGCCCUACUACCCUGAGUCCUGCUGCCCUGCUACCCUGA